ACACCUAGGCAACAGCCUGCUCCAAUCCCAUCUGUCACUCCCACAUCCCCUGCACGGCAGACAUACUCUCCACAGCCAUCACGUGGGGUCUCCCCUGCCUUUCUGCGUCCGCCGGUCACUUCAUCUACUAAGGAUCCAACGCCAAGUAUCAGCCGGCUGCAGGGUCGUGGCUUCGUGCAGAGCGUUGUUCAAGCCAGUGGGCGCCUCGAAUCAGGAGCAGGAGCUGCGAGAAGAGAGAGUACAUUCGGAUCCCCAACUCAAGCCGCCAGUGAAACGCGAGAUAAGAAUGCUAGAAGAGCAAGCGUCUUAGACCGUUGGCAGCCUGCAAUAAACAAUGCUGGAACACCAUCACCACCCCCCACAAUCCCCAUUCCCGGCAAACCGCGGAAGGACGCCAGAAACCAGGCAACCAGAAAUGAAAACGCACGACACAGAAUUUCCUUUGAAAAGCGCUGUAUCCACUCCCAACUUUCCGAAAACGCCAUCCGGGAAGAUCAGUACUCUUCCUGAGAGUGCGGACCAUAAUUUGGGGUCCUCCACCACAAUGCUUGCAUACAUCAAGCCAACCAAGACUGGUGAUGAUCCAGUCGUUCGCAAUGUUGAUGAACUCGGGGUGAAAGCGGAUGGGAGUGAGGCAAGGGCGCGAGUAUCGUCGUCUCCUAACAAGCCAUUGAGUCACCCAACCAAGGAUAGAGCAAAGAAACCUCGCAAAACUGGUGGUUCUGCACAUGUUACCUCUCCGGAAGGACAACCUCCAGGCACCUCGCCACAACCGAUUGCGCCAGAAUCGAUCACAUCAGCAACGAACACUCAAUCGCUUCCAAUUUCCCCUCCUCAGCCAAUGAUCCGAUCUCAAUCGGAAUCUCAGUCACGGCUUCCAUCGACGAUCGCACCGCCGAUCACCACUGGUCGCGUUACAGACCGCUGGACAGAACCGACAUUGAUUGGUGUAAAGUCCGUUGCAUCCUCAAAUUCUGCUAUAAACCAGCCUCCUCCGAGUCAGAAACCGCAGGGUAUUGUGGGCAGGUUGGCGCUGCCGGGCCUAGCGGCUGCACCACCAGCAAGUUCCGAGAAGGUGAAGGAGAAACCUCCUCUUAGAGAGGAGCGCGCGGUCUCGCCUUCACUGAUGAAACAUGGUCGCAUUCCUAACACGAGAAAUCGUGCUACCGUCAUGGACGUUGCGCAAGCUAUGAGUGAGGCGCAGCAGGGAAACGAUUGCGCUCUGAGCCCACCUGCUCCUAGAAUUCCACCUCUGAAUUCUCAAGCUGAGAAGAGGAAGUCGAGCGUUGAGAAAUACUCCUCUUUUACGAUGCCGCCACUGAAGGAGGAGAAGACUCCCGUGUCGUCUCCAGCAGGAACAUUGGCAAAAUCAUCUGGGGAGGCUCUGCUGGAUUCUAAACUUGUCAGUGAAAGCCCCAAAAGUAGUUUGGGAGUAAAGCCGAUUGCCCAGCGCACUACGUCGAGUUCAUCUCUAGUCCUCGAUGUUGUGCAUAUCGAUCACGCAAACGAGUCCCUGCCGAACGUCGAUGUGGACGCUCUUUUGAAAUUCGUUCCUCCAACAUUUAGCCCCGACCCAAAGUUUCACACCAUCUCUGUUGAGAUUUUAUCCAUCAAUAACGGCACUGCGAUUCCCGUCCUGCGUGAUACCCAUAUUUUCUAUGAUACAGAGGUUUUGGUGAUUGUGCACCGCGUAAAGGUCCGUGACAGUGGACUCGUCUCCACGAAGGUUUGGUGCUGGCAUGGAAAACAAUGCCAAUUUGGCGAAAGAGAGGAGAAGAAGGCAGAUGAGCUUGCAAGAAGGUAUGGAUCAACUCAGGAAACGGUGUUCCAACGACGAGAACCUCCAGAACUUGUCCAUGUUCUGGGCGGAAAGCUUGCGAUCCGGCAGGGCAUUCGCGCGCGCUGGUCUUCUGAAAAUACAGCAAUGCACGUGGUGCGCUCGAGCGGGGAACACAUCUUUAUCGACGAGGUGGAUUCGAGCAUCCGAAAUCUGUGUUCGGGCUAUAGCUAUUGUGUCUCUAUCCUUGACCAGAUCUAUGUUUGGCAUGGUUGUGGGUCAACUUCGAAGGAACGCAACGCUGCCCGAGAUUACGCACAGGCCUCCGCUAUGAAAGGGACUUCUAUCACGGAACUUCGAGAAGGUGACAAUGAUGUAGAUGACGAGAUGUUCUGGAUGGUCCUUGGUGACUCUGGAGAUUACGCCAAGGCAGACUAUUGGAGAUUCAGAAAUGCCUCUGCUCCCAGUGACCCUCGAUGCUGGAUCGUGGAUGCCACAGUUGAAGGCGACCCGAUUCGUGCUGUUGCGUUGAUAUCGGCAGAAACUAUACUUCAGCAAUCAGUGUAUAUUAUCGACUGCUCUUUGGAGUUCUUUGUCCUGGUUGGAAAAAAUGCACGUUCCAAACGUACUGAUAUCUCUCUAGCAAUUCAAACCGUCAUGGCCAUGGCAAAGAGAGUGGCAAUAUCCAAACCGUUUUAUCCGACCGUCCAUGUGCUUGUGAUACCUACGCAACUCCCUCUGGACAUGCGGCAUGCCUUCCGCGAUCUUGAUGAGUCUCAAGUGAAUGGGGGCUUCAUCCCCGAUCACAUGAAUAUCCUUUCAACUACCGAGGCGAUUGAGCAUCUGCGCACUUCGUCUUGGGAGAAGGCAGCAUUGCGAGACCAGAACAUGCUUCCUUUGGGUCUCGACGCAGCUACCGUACCAUCGUCUUGAUAUAUGCGCAAGUGCUGACGCCGGAUAUGAACAAUCGGAAUGAUCUAUGCUGUAGAGUGGUCUUUAUACGCGUCUUUACUUGCUGCAACCGAUUGGUGCCUAUCCUUCAGCAAUCACCUUCCUUUUGACUAGUUUUUUCGUGUAAUGUUAUCUGUCUAAUUGUGAUUGGAUCACAGUAACAGCUAUUCUCAUGUCGAUAGACCAGAUUUCAUUUUGUUCCCCUUACCGCUUGUGUUCACUUAUGGAGCUUGUCUUGUUUUGCGGCUUCUGGAAUGUGACGGCGGUUUCCAGGCAUGGCGAGAGUACUACAAUGGU